UACGUAUCACGCAGCAUACGUGAAAUAUCGAACGCAUGACGCGUUACGUAGAUACAGUUUCCCUUCUAUAUUCUGCAUGUAUCGAAUUUUGACAGCACUGACGUACGACGCCGAGUUGUCGAGUUUCUCGCAGUUCCUCGAGACCUCGAGUGCUGUCACGUUCGAGGGACGCUAUGUGUACUGCGACGCCUUAUAAUUAUGUGUUGUAUAUAUAAUAAUACGUAAAAAUUCAACGUUGUUAUCACCUUUGAUAAGAUGACGCUUUGAUCGAUGACGUGUUAUCAAGCAGAUAACAACCUCGCUGUUACUGUCUGUGCUCCACUGUGCUCCCGGAAAUUAUCAUUCGUGAAAUGUGUGACAGCUCCCCGUAAAAUUUGCUAUGACAACAGAGGUGGGACUCUAUACAUAAGAAAGAAACACUACAUGGUACCUUUCUGUAUGGUAUCGCAAAAUAUGCGAAUUAUAGAGAUAUUCCCAUAAUUUUGAUGACCAAGGCUGUAUAGCUUAUUUGUGAGUUAUGCUGCAAGUUGAAGUCGACACUUCUUGCAUCAAUUCUAAUAACUUAUUCAGAAGGCUUUGUAUAUUUUCAAUGGCAAAGUGGUGUACACAGUAUUUAUAGUCUACAAUAUUUGUAGAUAUUUCAACACGACCCACUGAUAAUUUGUUGAAAGUAUUUUCCAUCAAGUUAAAAUCAAAAUGGCUAGUGGAUGGAAAAUUUUUGGCUUGUUGAUGUACAAGAAUUUGAUAGUGCGCAAAAGGCACUGGCGUUCGGCGAUAUUCCUACAAGCUUUAGUACCCAUUGUAUUAUUCGCGUUACUUCAAGCUUUGCGAGAUUUUAGUGUUCAACCUCCAGUUGUGGUGAACCAGAGCACGUACUAUCCUAUAAAUACGCAAGACGAGUUGAUGAGGAAACUUGAUAAUGAUUUACAUAAAGUGUAUUAUGUACCAAAAAAUCCAUAUACGGAGAAGAUCAUGGAGUCUGUCAGAUAUUGUCUUGUACUGCUGCCUAAAAGUAUGGAAGGUUUUGUUAAUGAGACUGAAAUGAUAAAUACUUAUACACGUUCUCAGGCACAAAAUCCAAUAGUUUCUGUGGUGGCAGUUGUUUUUGAACAAUAUAACGAACCCGCCAUAAAAUAUAAAAUAAGACAUUCGUGGGAGAUUCCAAAUGACUUGUACCAAAGCGUGUCACAUGGUGAACAUAUAAGUUCGUCACCUACGGUAUAUUUCGAUAUGAUUCCAUUUACGCAAGUUCAAAUAUGUUUAGAUGAAGUACUCAUAAAGCAAGCAGCACCAGAUUCUAACGUAAAGAUGUCAAUACAAAGAAUGCCUUAUCCACCUUAUGUUAAAAUAGAUGAGGCUGAUGUGAUGUUACGUAAAGGAAUUUCUCAGUUCGUAGUUCUGGUAUUUGUGAUUCCGCUUUGCAUAGAAGCCAGCUAUGCAACAAAAGAGAAGUUUAUUGGCGUAAAUGUCUUAAUGGCAAUGAAUGGAGUCAAACUGGCUUAUAAUUUAUUUAGCUGGUUAAUUACAGGGAUAUUAUUCAGCACUAUUUAUGUAGUGCCAACAAUCAUAUUAUUUAAAAAUACUUUUUCUGCAAAUGUCGAGGCCUAUUUGCAAUAUGGAAAUGGGUUUAUAUUUUGGAUCUUAUUUACCACAGUUGUUACUCAUCUUAUAACAUUUGGCAUGCAUAUUGCAGCAUAUUUUUCAAAACCACGAUUUGUCACAACUGCAAUAGCUAUUAUUUACACGGCAGUAAAUUCACUUUAUAUACACCUGACAAGAGAAGAAAUUUUUGGAGUUACACCAUAUUUUGGCAUAAUAUUUCCAAAUAUUAUGCUUCAUAUACUUUUUGACGAAACAAAUGCUCAUGAAAGCAAAUUGAUUGGUAUUCAGUGGAGUAAUUUUUUUAUAUCUGGAAGAAUAGAAUACGGUAUCUUAGGAAGUCCAGGUUUUAUAUUUCUCUUUUCAAUUUUGGGUGCUGUGAUACAUUUUACACUUGCAAUAUAUAUAAAUGCUGUCCUUCCCGGUAAAUAUGGAGUCCGACAGAAUCCAUUAUAUUUUUUGAAGUGUAUUAAGAAAAAUAAAAUAGCUCUCGAUGAAGAAGCUGGUGAAUUUGAUUAUGAUAAGGUUAACGAAGACUUCGAGCCAGUAUUAGGUAAUGCGCUUACACCCGGAAUACAAAUACGUGAUGUUAAAAAAUCGUACACAACAAGUUGGUUACGAAAGUCUAAAGUCCAUGCGUUAAGAGGAGUAUCUGUGGACUUUUACAAAGGACAAAUUACUGCUCUACUUGGACACAAUGGAGCAGGCAAAACUACGCUUAUGUCUAUAUUAACAGGUGUGACAAGCGAAACGGAAGGGAAAGUCUUCAUAAACGAUAGAAAUUUAAAAAAGCACUUGAGCAGUAUUAGAAAUGAUUUAGGUCUAUGUCCUCAAGAAAAUAUGGUUUUCCCAGAUUUGAAUGUAUUUGAACAAAUAGAAUUCUUUGGCUUGCUAAAAGCUAAAAAUAAAACCAGAAACGAAGUCAAGGAGGAUGUUAAUAUUUUGCUUUCUAAGUUGAAACUUUCCGAAAAGAAAGAUUUUCUACCUAGCAAACUUUCUGGUGGUCAACAAAGAAGACUAUGUCUCGGAAUGGCACUUAUUGGCGAUGCUAGCAUCAUAAUUUUGGAUGAGCCAACGUCGGGAAUGGACCCUGAAACCAGAAGAGAUACAUGGGAUAUUAUAUUGAAACUUAGAGGAGAGAAAACAAUAUUAAUUAGUACGCAUAAUAUGGAAGAGGCUGAUAUACUUGGUGAUAGAAUUGCGAUAAUGCAUGCAGGUCGUCUUAGAAGUUAUGGCACUGGAAUGUUUUUGAAGAAACAGUAUGGUCAUGGGCAUAUAGAAGUUACAUUGUCGACAAAGUCUUGGUGCAUUCCUGAAAAAGUCAUAUGUAAAUUUGAUUCAAGAACGCAAGAGCUUAGUGUUGAUAGUGAAAAAAUUGUUUUAAAUGUGCCAUAUACUGAUUCUUUACCACAAUCACUGGACAAAGUAGAAAAUGAAAAGAACAAAUUAGGAGUUACUGGAAUAAGCGUGUCAUUGAUUACUUUGGAACAAGUAUUUUUGAAGAUUGUGAACAAAGAAGAUAAUGGGAAACACCUCAAUGAAUUAUUUACAUCACCAUUACCGAAAGUUACAGGCAGUGAGCUAUGCAUGCAAUCAAUAUGGGCAUUGCUUUGCAAGAAAUUCACAUAUACGAGAAAGAAUCUAACCACUUUUCUGCAAUAUCUAAUUCUUCCUAUCUUCUCGGUGGUUAUAAUGGCCUUAACUUACAAUCUACCAAGCGAUUCCACAGAUAUUGUUCCAUUGAAGCUUGAUAUGUACAGAAAUCCCAAAGUUUUAUACUCGUCGAACAUGGAACUUAUAAGUUCAAAAUAUAGAGAUGUUGUUCAGAAGUUCGGCGAAGCAGAGCGUGUAACUCCGGAUAUAAGUGUGGCAAGCGCUCUUCUGAAUUCUUCUAUGAAGAAUAUUGUGGAAUAUCGGAAUAAUCUUAUCGUAUCCGCCGAAUUUAAUGCCACUGAAACUAACACAACAUGGGCUAACGGUUUUUAUUCCGGCUUAGCACUUCACAGCGUGCCGUUAACAGUGAAUCUCUUGAGUAAUUCGUUCAUCAAAGCUUUCGCUGGCGAUGAAUAUUCGAUUGUUGCAUCUAGGCAACAAUUACCGAAUACACUAUUAUCGACCAAAAUAGAAGUGCCGGAAUUAGAUGCGUUCUCGCGUGUCUCGAUAUUCUGUUCGUUCUUCUUUAUUAUUGUGGCACUUUUUGCAACGCAUCCUUACGAAGAAACAACGACGAAAGUUAAACAACUUCAACGUAUGACCGGUGUCACAUCGGUAUCAUACUGGGGUACAAUGUUUGCUUUUGAUUUUCUGAUAUUUACGAUAAUUGUAUUGCUAGUUACUUUAGCAUUCUACAUCAUGGAUAUUAUUCUUGGUCUUCGUCUAUAUUAUGGAACAGAAAUACUGUGCACGAUAUUGAUUCUGGAGUUGUUUGGUAUUAACGUGUUACUUUUUGUAUAUCUAUUUAGUUUUAUGAAUAAAUCAAGGAGUACUGUAAUAACCAUUUUGGCUCUCGCACCAUUCGGUCUUGUUGUAAUACAGUAUAUUCUACACGGAGUAAUACAUAGUUUUGAUUGGCUUAAUUGGCUACACAUUCUACAAAAGAGACUCUUCCGUCUAAUUCCUUACGUAAGUUUGUUCCAUGGUCAAGUAUCUUUUUUCACCAUAGCAGUACAAAAUGCAAGGUGUCGUCGUCUACCAAAUCGACUUCGCGAUGUAGUUUGUCUUGCGUAUCGCGAUCCUUGUUGUGGUAUGGAUUGUGCAGAUGGAAUGUGCAAAAAUCAACUUCCUUACUUCAAAAACUUUACAGAUGAUAUGAAUUUUGAAGAAAGUAUACUAUAUCUAGCUAUGACACCAAUUUUGUAUUUUGCGCUAUUAAUCGCAUUGGAAGAAAAAUUAUUUUCAAAAUUAUUCAAAAAGAUGGUCGGUACAAAAUUAAGAAAGGGACAAGACAUAAUGGAUGAUCAAGUAAAGAAAGAGAAACUCGCAGUAGCGAUAGAAAUUAAUAAAAUUAACAGCCAAGGUGAUACUAUGAAAGAACAAUUAAAACCAGAUAUUACAGAGACAACUAAUAUUGAACUACAAAAUAAUGAAUUACAACGUCCAAUAAGUGAAGGUAACAGUCUCUUCUUAGUGUAUGAAUUGAGCAAAUACUAUGGGAAGGUAAUGGCCGUGAAAGAAAUCAGUUUUCGAGUGAAACCACGGGAAUGUUUCGGAUUGCUCGGCGUAAAUGGCGCUGGAAAGAGUACAACUUUCAGGAUGCUAACUGGAGAAGAAGCGUCUAAUAGUGGCAUAAUGUACUUAAAGCAAGCGGAAAUCCACUCAGACAGGACAAAGUAUCUUUCUGAGAUGGGAUAUUGUCCACAAACUGAUGCUUUAAUACCCUCUUUGAACGCUUUUGAUCAUUUACGACUGUUCGCUUGUCUUCGCGGUAUACCAAAGUCCAACGUAGAGUUGGAAGUUAAUAAAUGGAUUAAUAGACUGAAUUUAACUGCCUGCAUGAAACAGCCAAGCGGUACUUACAGCGGUGGUAAUAAGAGACGCUUAAACAUCGCGAUGGCCCUCAUCGGCAAUCCCACUCUUGUUCUCUUGGACGAGCCCACAACUGGUGUCGAUCCUGCAGCUAGAAGAUCGCUUUGGAAUACUUUGCAAUCGUGUCAGGCAUCAGGGCAAGCCAUUAUACUCACGUCUCACAGCAUGGAAGAGUGUGAAGCACUUUGUAAUCGACUAGUCAUUAUGGUGAAGGGUGAAUUAGUCUGCAUUGGCGCAAGUCAAGAAUUGAAGCAACGAUUUGGAGCGGGUUAUGAUAUUCACAUAAAAUUAAAUCCAAACCGAACGGACGAGGAUGUUAACAAUAUUAAGAAUGUUAUUGAGUCUACUCUAACGUGUGAUAUUAGGGAUGAAAAUUUGGGUUUUCUUGCCUAUCACGUAACUGAUUGUAAUACAAAAUGGGUGGAAAUGUAUGAUACAAUGAAGAGUCUAAAGCAAAGCUACAGCUGUAUUGAGGAUUAUGCCGUUCUAUCUGCAACUUUGGAGCAACUCUUUAUUCAGUUUGCAAGAGGAGCUGAAAUGAUUGAGUCUGAGUCUCUAACUAGUCAACAAGAUAUAGUAUAAAUUGAAUGCAUCUUAUUGGAUGCAGAAAUAUACUUAAAUAUACUAAAUGGAUGGAAAUCGAAAUAACGUUAAUUUAUAUUAUAAGUUGUAAAUGUUGUAAACUUUAAUUAAUUAUAUCAUAAUCUUGCUUGAUAAAAUUAUUAAUACACAUAUUAAUACGCAUUAUAUUUAACUUAAUGUCAAUCGUAUCCUUAUUAUAAACUGCUUUUAAAUUGUUGCAACAAAAAUGUUUUAUUAUAAUAAUAC